AAGAAGCCUCGUCGCCACUCAAAAGUGAAACUUCAUCUGGAGUUGAACGAGCAACGGAAACAGGGAUAUUGUGCAUCUAUUAUAAUUGUUCAACUAAUAAUAGUAACGAUAGUAUCAACGCAAUCUGUGAUAAUUACGAGAAAUACACUUGUGACAAACACCAUAAAACUGAUCAUCCUGAUAAUCUAACAAUUACGGUAGACGAUGUCGUCAUGAAAAUGUUUGAAAUAACGGAGUACCAAGAUGUACCGAGUAUCAAAGCAGCUGAAAUGUUCUACAAAACAUGCACCGAAGCCCUUUCGGUGAAAAACGAGUUCAUUACUACAAAAGUUAUUGAUCUAAUAGAAUUACUUUUCAGUGGAUGGCUGAUGUCAUCAGAUGACACACAGCAGUACAAUCUCAUAGAAAAAUUUCUUAGGAGUCGGAAAUUCAAUCUGACCGCUUCAAUUUUACCAUUGAUAUUUCAAGGUGGAAGAACCACUUUGUUUUCCUUGAACCUAAUUGGAGACUAUUCUCAAGAGGAUAAUUCAAUGAUUUAUUCAGAUCGAAUGGACAGUGAAGUCAAAGAACAAAUCUUCAAAUAUUUAGAAAACGUAGGAGCUCUACAAACUAAUAAAAAUAUGAUGGACGGUGUUUUUGAAAUUUACUCGAAAAUAAAAGAUAUCGAUUGGAAUGUUUUAUUUGAAAAUGCAUUCGCGCAUGAAUCAAAAAGGAAGAAAAGAUAUACACAAUAUGCUAGUGAUAAAUUUUUGUACAAAAUGCGACGUUACUUGAAGAAAUAUGUCGAAGACUUUUAUCCUUCAGAUAUUGAUGAAAAGUCGUCAACUUGCAUUCAGGAAUUGAAGGAGAAUUUCUGGUGGACAAUAAACAAACAGCAUAAAUAUUCUAGUAUAAGUAAGAGUACAAAAGAUGAAGUGACUCAGAUGUUUGACAAAAUGAAGCACAAAUUGACUGAAUUAUUGUCUCAAGGCUCAUGGAGCAGUGAAGAUGACAAAGAAGAAGCUAUUUCAACGGUUUCCAAUAUCAAAGUACUAUUAAUGGAUUCAGAAUCUUUGAGUGAGGGAUACGAAAGCCGAGAUAAAAUACUCGAAAAUAAACUUUCUGCAGAUAACUAUCUUAUAAAUGCAUACUACUCGAUGAAAGCUAAAUUUCUAACAUCAUUGAAGGCCACUUCGCACGGAUACGAAUUACCUGAUUUAUUCACUUUCCAACCGUCUAUAAUUGACGGAGGUGGUACAGUGGUUAUGACUUCUGGGUUAUUACAUCCACCGUUUCUGAAUACAUCACACUCGAUAUCUGAAAAGUAUGGUACUGUGGGAUGGCUUCUUGGUCGACAGAUUAUAUCUGCAGCUUUCAGAGAUAAUCAGCUAAUAGAACAAACGCAAUAUCAGCCGGAGUGUGGAUCAACUGUUUCUACACCGUUCCGAAGUCAACUGUGUUGUUUAUCAGCACAAAUCAACUCUGGUGGACUUCAGAAAGAAAAUUUGGGAAAAUUGUCAGCUGGUAUAAAUGGUCUUAUGUUAUCUUUCGAAACAUACAAAGGAAAUUUAAAUGGAAAUACUGAAAGCUUAAAUGAAAGGAAGAUGUUUUUUUCAGCAUUCGCCAGAAUGAUGUGUGGCGGCUUAUUAUCACCUAUUAUUGAUCGCAAAUCACAGUCUUCUAUCCAAGACUACGAAUACAUUGUGAACGAUGUUGUGAAACACAGUCAAGGAUUUUCAGAAACGUACCAAUGUGAAAGUGGUUCGAUAAUGAAUCCUGUGCGCAAAUGUAUUCUUUAG